CCGCCCCCCCUCCCGUUCUUUCCCUCCGAACCUGGGGGCGCCGUGACGUCGCUUCCGGUCCGCCCGGGGGCCCAAGGCGGCGGCGGCUGAGGGAGAGAGAGAGAGAGAGAGAGAGAGAGAGAGCGAGCUGGCCCUCAGGAUGACGGAGGGGCUGAUGAGCAAGGCCGCCACCAUGGAGGUCCCCAUCCACGGCAACGGAGACUCACGCCGCCUCGGCCCCGCCGCAGAGGAUGACGGCCUCGAGCAGGACCUGCAGCAGGUGAUGGUGUCUGGGCCCAACCUGAACGAGACCAGCAUCGUGUCCGGGGGCUACGGCGGCACCGCCGAGGGCAUCAUCCCCACCAGCGCCAUGAAAGGCGCGCUCUCUCCACCCCUCUCCCCACGAGGACCACUCAUCUCCCCCAGCCCAUCAGCCGCCAUCCGGAUGGCCAGCCAGGCCGACCCCUCCGCAGCCUCCAGCCUGCACCACCAGCCCCACCCAGCGCCCCCCAUGACGGGGGAGGAGGCGGCCGCGAGGGGGGUGGCCGUGGAGAAGUUCGACUUCGUCAAGAAGUGGGGCAUCAACACCUACAAGUGCACGAAGCAGCUGCUGUCGGAGCGCUUUGGCCGGGGGUCUCGGACGGUGGACCUGGAGCUGGAGACGCAGAUCGAGCUGCUGCGCGACACCAAGCGCAAGUACGAGUGCGUCCUGGGCCUGGCGCGGGCCCUGACCAACCACUUCUACAGCCUGGUCCAGACCCAGCACGCCCUGGCCGACGCCUUCUCCGACCUCAGCCAGAAGUCCCCGGAGCUCCAGGAGGAGUUUGGCUACAACGCGGAGACCCAGAAGCUGCUCUGCAAGAACGGGGAGACCCUCCUGGGGGCCGUGAACUUCUUUGUCUCCAGCAUCAACACCUUGGUCAACAAGACCAUGGAGGACACCCUCAUGACCGUCAAGCAGUACGAGACGGCCAGGCUGGAGUACGACGCUUACCGCACGGACCUGGAGGAGGCCAACCUGGGGCCCCGGGACGCAGGGACCUUCUGCCGCCUCGAGGCCGCCCAGGCCAACUUCCAUGCCCACCGCGCCAAGUACGAGAAGCUGCGGGCCGACGUGGCCGUCAAGCUCAAGUUCCUGGAGGAGAACAAGGUGAAGGUGAUGCACAAGCAGCUGCUGCUCUUCCACAACGCCAUCUCGGCCUACUUUGCCGGCAACCAGACGCAGCUGGAGCAGACGCUGAAGCAGUUCAACAUCCGGCUGAAGAGCCCCGGGGCCGAGAAGCCCUCCUGGCUGGAGGAGCAGUGAGGCCGACCCCUCCCGCGGCCCCGGCCCCCUCCCCUCAUGGACCUGGACCCUCAUCCAGAAGCAGAAGCCCCUCUUUCCCCUCUGUUGUCAUUUGGGGAGGGGGCAAAACCCCUUUCCCUUUCCCCCCGAGCCCCUCC